GACUGCGCAGUCAACAACUACAUUCAUGGUGAAUAGAAUCGAUACGAUGAUGAUAAUGAUGGCAGCUGCUUUGUUUGCGGUCGGCCGCCAAGCAACCCACGCCUUUCACGCUGCUCACUCCCAAACAGGGUUGGUAGGACGAACCCUUUCACGGACGGGAUCGUUCGCUGCCGAAACAAGCCCGGGGCAGAGCUUCUACAACAACAAAUCUAUAACCCGCAUGUUCAGUGCAGCAACGGAGCUUUCCGACGAACAAAAAAGUGUGCUAGAGUCAAAAAUCAAAGACACGGGUGACAGAAUUCGGGCUCUCAAGGACGAGGGAGCCGAAAAGGAGACGAUAGCACCGAUCGUUCAGGAACUCCUCGCCCUAAAGGCAGAGCUGGAUCCCACAUUCAAUAAGAAACCGAAGAAACAACAGAAAAAGCAGAAACAGCAAAAGAAACAAAAACAAAAACAAAAACAAACCGACGACGAUAGCUCCGAUUUCAUUACGGCGCGAGCAGUAGACUAUUCGAAAUGGUACAACGACGUCAUUCGUGUGACGGGAUUGGCGGAAACAUCUCCCGUCCGAGGAUGUAUGGUCAUCAAGCCAUGGGGAAUGGCCUUGUGGGACAAGGUUCGAACCGAACUAGACGAUCGAAUCAAAGAACACGGAGCCGAGAAUGCCUACUUUCCGUUGCUCAUCCCGAAAUCAUUCUUGUCAAAAGAAGCCGAACACGUCGACGGUUUUGCCAAAGAGUGUGCCGUUGUCACUCAUCACCGGCUAAAAUCAUCGGAUGAAGAGGACGGCGGACUGGUGGUCGAUCCCGAGGCAGAACUUGAGGAUCCGUUGAUCGUACGUCCUACUUCAGAAACCAUGAUUUGGUACAUGUUCCGAAAGUGGAUUAAUAGCCACCGGUACGUAAACAAAGCCAGUGUUGCGUCUAAAAGUUUGCGAGCCUGUACUGAUUUUCUUACCCUCCUUUUAUCAUUCUUGAAUUUAAAAACUGUUGGGUACCCUUCACAUUUGGAUCAACGGCAACAAAUAUAUAAAACCACAGUGACUUGCCAUUAAAGGUCAAUCAGUGGGCAAACGUUAUGCGCUGGGAGAUGCGAACACGCCCUUUUCUUCGCACUUCCGAAUUUUUGUGGCAGGAAGGCCACACGGCGCAUGCGACAGCUGAGGGAGCACGUGAUGAUGCCAAGACCAUGAUGGAGGAAUACGCCUCUCUAUGCGAGAAUCUGUUGGCCAUGCCCGUGGUCCGAGGUGUCAAGUCUCCUUCGGAGCGCUUUGCGGGAGCCGAAGACACCUUCACCAUCGAGGCCCUGAUGCAAAACGGAUGGGCGCUGCAGAGCGGAACAUCCCACUUUUUGGGCCAGUCGUUCGGCAAGGCGUUCGAUGUCACGUUCCAGGACGCGGAUGGGGAGCAAAAGGAUGUGUGGGGAACCUCGUGGGGUGUCUCAACCCGGCUCUUGGGGGCACUGAUCAUGACGCACUCGGACGACGAAGGACUCGUGCUUCCACCUCGUGUAGCCCCCAUCCAGGCCGUCAUUGUUCCUAUCGCGCCAAAGAAGAACGACGAGGAAGGGAAAGCCGCCAUGAACAAGGCACUCGACGAUUUGGUAGCCGGUCUCAAGGCGAAGGGUAUCCGUGUCAAGGUAGAUGAUCGCGAUUUCAUGCGUAACGGAGCUAAGUACUUCGAGUGGGAACGAAAGGGUGUGCCUCUGCGCAUUGAGCUUGGGCCUCGCGAUAUUAAGAACAACAGCUGCGUGUUCAAGUACCGAGCUGGAGACAAUUCUGACGAGAAGAUCAACGUCGAUCUCACCGACGCCGCAUCCAAGGCAUCGGAAGGCUUGGAAGCCAUGCAGCAGAGCCUGCUCGACCAGGCCCAAAGCCGAUUGGAUAAUGGAAUUACCGAGGAUGUCUCGUAUGAAGAAAUGAAGACGGCCCUUGAAAGUGACGAGGCUUCGUCGUAUCCAGGAAACGGUCUGUACCUAGUUCCCUGGAAGUGCGACGCCGCAAACGAGGACGCAAUCAAAACGGAAUGCAAGGCCACAAUUCGGUGCUACCCCCUCGCCUCCAACAACGACGGGCAGCACGAGGGAAAGAAGUGUUUCUACAGUGGAGAAGACGCAACUCACAUGGCACUGUUUGGCAGAGCUUUCUAACUAAUUGCACACUGUAGUUCU